CAGAGAUAAUUACCCCGAAACUAAUCAUGCUUACUUCAGCCAUGGAGUUCUACAGUCGCUUCCCUCAGGUGCAGGGGCGGAUCUACAGCCAAAGGGGGUGGGGCACGUGCCCCACACUCCUUUUUAAUAAUUGUUCAGCUAGACCUUUCAAUAUUGUAUAUGUUAGUUCAUUUGGAAAAGAGUGUCUCAUUCUAAGUUUGAGGAGAAGGGUUCAAACCCUCUCAUAUGCAAUCAUUUUCUAUUUUAUUGUUUUUCCUUUGUGUUUUCUUAUUUUCUUCCCAUGUUUUUCUAUUGUUGUAGAAAUUUUUUUUAUUAGUGCCUCACAUAGUUUUUGCCCCUAGAUCCGCCAUUGCUCAGGUGCAUGAGUCAGGAGAGCAAGUGAGGAUAGGAAGCUUUGGCAAGGACAAAGCUCUGGAGAAAACUGUUGGUACACUGCUGAGGUCAGCAUACGGUUCAUUUUAUGGAGAUCCAAUGGCGGUAGACAUUUUGAUCGAUGACAAGAGACAAGAAAGAUCUUGAUUUUCACACCAUCUAUCAUGGACUUCACGAGAACAUCUUUUCUGAACUGCAUAUGCCGGAUAGCCUCCAUGUGGCCACUGCCGGGGGUUUGGAAUGGCUCUCGAAGGUACCGACGAAAGUAAAGGAGGAAGGCUGGAACAAAGGGAAGGCGUGGAUAGAAGGGGCCGAUCAGCAAGUGGUGAGGGCAUACGCGGAGCAAGCGGAAGAAGACUUAUUGAACUUCUUGAAGUAUCGGAAAAAUGAGAUCAAGAUCGGAGGAUCCUUGUUUAUGAUGAUUGGUGGUCGACCUUCAUGGUCGAAGAACCAAUUAGGUGACAAUGACAAAGACUCGAGUCUCAAGCAUCCUUUCACAAGUUACAUGGAUCGAGCAUUGCAACUUCUAGUAGACCAGGAUGUCUUAGACGUGAAGAAAAGAGAUGGUUUCAACAUCCGAGUGUACUUGAGAAGUACGGAGGAGGUCAAGGCGGCGAUCGAUCGUUGUGGUGGUUUCCAAAUAGAGAAAAUGGUCAAUCUGAAGAUAGCCGACAACAUGAACGCGACUCCGAUGACGUGGAUUGCAGAUCCGUCACUAUACGGUAAGAAAAGGGCUGAGUUGGCUGAAGACGCUGCUGGCCAAUUCAUUACGGAUCGUUUCGGUGCGGAUAUGAAAAAUAAGCUCUUCGAACGAUACGCAGAAGUAGCUGAAGCCGACACCACUCUUCUCGACAAACCUUGUUUCUUCCACAUGAUCGCCGUUUCCGUCACUCGCAUUUGAUAUAGUGUAUUCACCUAUAUCAGAAUAAUAAUAAUGCCUUUUUAAUUUACGACUGAAUUACUAUAUAUGGCCGUAUUACGUAAUAAGUCAUUUUAUAUAAGACGUGGUGAUUUAUU